AUGCCAAGGGGAAAGCUUAGGCUAUUCGGUGUAUUACUUUUGAUAGUAGUACUCUUUUUUACCGCUCAACAAGCGUCAAAAGAUAAAUAUAAAUCCUUAAGUGACGCAUUUACGAAGGUAGAGAAAUAUUCGCCUUUUAAUUCACAGAAAAAUGACAAAGCCCAUCAAGAAUUAGACUUAAAACUAAAGGUCGAAGACUAUAAGGAGAGUCCUGAACAUGAAUUUUGGGAGAAGAUAUUCGUCAUUUUAAAUAAGGGAAAGGCUGAUAUUCCGCAGGAUGAGAUGGCCUCAGCCAUCCAGUAUAUUGAGAAAUCAAAACAAAAGAAAGGUCAAAACACCAAAGACGUAUUGCUUUCUAAAGCAUAUGUUUCCGAUGAAGUGAUAAAGGAAUUUCAAAAGAAGCACAAAAUUGUUUUGGAUGAAUUACCAUCAAACCUCGAAGCUACCUAUAAACCAAAUACGAACGGAAUUGUUUUUGUUGGGGGUGGAAGAUUCUCAUGGUUAACAUAUUUGUCACUCUUGAGUUUACGGGCCACGGGGUCUGAAGUUCCAGUAGAGGUCAUGAUGCCGACGUAUAAUGAUUAUGAAAAUGAACUAGAAUUCUGCUCCGUAAUACUUCCUAAAUUGAACGCUGCUUGUGUUGUGGUUCCAAAUAGUUUAGGUUCGGCCGUUAUGCUUUCUUGGACUAAAAAGUUUAAAUCAUACCAAUUUAAGUCUUUAGCGUUAAUGACUUCGUCCUUUCAGAAUAUUUUAUUAUUAGAUUCAGACAAUAUUCUUAUCCAAAAUCCCGACUCAAUCUUCGAGAGUGAUUUAUUUAAAGAAUAUGGUAUGAUAAUGUGGCCAGAUUAUUGGAGACGUACAACCUCUCCAGUUUUUUAUGAUGUGGCUGGUGUUAAAAUUAACGAAAGAAAGAGAGUUAGGUCCAGUAGAUUUUCAUUAAAUGUGGAUAAAUCUGAAGCAAAUUUGGAUGAUAAUGAAAUGCACGCGGUUCCUUAUCAUGACUUAGAAGGAGCUGUGCCAGAUUUAUCUACUGAAUCUGGACAAUUAUUUAUCAAUAAGGCCACUCAUGGUAAAACAUUGCUAUUAUCGCUAUACUAUAAUAUUUAUGGUCCAGAUCAGUUUUAUAAAUUGCUUUCUUUAGGCGCACCAGGUGAAGGUGACAAGGAUACUUUUGCUACUGCCGCAACUGUCUUGAAUCAAAAGUUUUAUCAAAUCAAGUCUCAUAUCAAAACUAUCGGAUACUUUGAGGAUGGAAAUUUUCAAGGGGUAGCAAUGGGACAAAAGAAUCCAGUGAAGGAUUAUGAGCUUUUCAAGAACAAGUUUUAUGGACCUAUAAUGAAAGAAGAAAAUAAAAACAAGCCUGUCAACGACCAAAUAAAUAUGAUAGAAAAAUUAAUGAAGGAUAAUCCACUCAACUCUGAUAAAAUCCCUGUGUUUGCAAUGCAUUGUAACUUUCCAAAAUUGGAUCCAUUGGAUUUAAUAAGGAGGGAUAGCAUCUAUGAUAAGGACAAAAAUCAAUUAAAAUAUAAGCUCUAUAAUGGAUUUUCCUUCAGAAGAACAGAUAACAAAAACGAACCAAAAAUUGAUUUUGAAUUGCAGCAAUGGAAGAACAUACAAAAUGUUAUAUGCAAAGAAAAGCUUUAUUUUGUGCAUUUCAGUCAGAUUGAUAAUAAGGAAUUGUGCAAGUUUGUUGAUAAUCAGGUGAAAUGGUUAAUGAAGUAG